UUUUCUCUAAAAUUAAGCAUUAUCUAAUAUUUUCGGUGUUCUCGAAUUCCACUUUCCAYUGGAAAACACAGUAAAUGAUGUCACUUUGAUCUUAAAAUGAUCUCAGUUAUUUGGAUGACUUUUUUUGAACCACGUGUGAAGAAGAAGGGAUAAUGGCGAAAUUAGAGCAACUGCUUUGUUAUGGUUACGCAAAGACAKUAUCUUCGCUUUGGUUUUCUCCUCUUGGUAGCUACAGCUGGAUUCUCUAUUAUUGUCAUCAUUUCACAAGGCUAUAUGGACAAACCAUUGAACGCUAUCUCAAGCUGGCAUUUUAGGCUUAGUGCCUCUUUUGAAGUCGACAAGAACAACACAAAAGUAUGUCACAACAAAGCAAUGAAAAAUGUUUUACUCAUCGUCAGUUACGUGGACAUUUCCUUAGAGAAAAUAGCAGCUAUAGAUAAUCUAUACAGCGAUCGAUUUCCCAAUAUUCUAUUUUGCGGAUCAAAAACACUUGAGAUCAGCAGUAAAUCAAAAAUUCUGGUUUUGAAUCUUUUGCGUGGAAUAACCGCUUACAGCUGUGUUGCGGGCGCUAUUCAAUCGUACCCUAGUUAUAAAGGUUACUUGUUUAUCAAAAGCGAUAUCCUUGUGAAUGUUUGGCGGCUUUCAGAGCUGGAUUUGAACCGAAUAUGGCAGACACCUACGCUGAGUGGCCAGGCAAUGUUUGAGCAGUCACGUGAUCCUUGGAUUUGGUGGUACACUCCUUGGGGAUUAAAAGCAUGCGAAAAGGCAUAUAAACGAACUAUAUUCCUGAAUUCAUUGAAUAAAAGAAUGUCGAAAAAUAUCAACGAUAUUAAUUCCAAGUCAACUUGGGAAAUUGAAAAUUCUUUAAACGCUCUUUUGUGGAACGGUCGUGGCAGAUACCUUUGUUACCGAAGUGAUGCAAAUAUUUUUUAUAUACCCUCCAAAUAUGCAAAUGAAUUUGAGAAAAUGUCGCGGAUCUUUGCUGAUUAUCGGGUGUUYAUGGACAUUGCUGUUUCUACAAUCAUUGCUAUGCUAGAACUAAAGGAAAAGAAUACGAUUCUGCUCGGUGAAGAUUUGGGAAAUAUCUCUGGAGAGGAGAGGGCCACUUGGGACACUAAGCUUUUUUUAGAACGCUGGAACUCCUCGUUUUCUUUUAUGCGACCUAUAUUUUCAUCGAAAACGGGUCGUUAUCAAAAUCUUGUACAAACAUUACGACAUAAGCUGGAUCACAAUGAAUCCUGUGCACAAUASGAUUGAUCAUACACCCUGGUGUUAAACAUCAAAGGUAAAUGUUUGGUGUUCUGUGUUGUGCGAACUAGAAUAUCAUGGUCUAUGCCCAUGAAUUGAAUGAAAGCAUUYUAAUAGUCAUGGAUAGCACAUUAGCACAUUUUUAUACACUGAAUAAUGACAAAAUUCUUCAAAUGUCAUUCAUAACGUCUCUAUUUACAUCUAUAUAAGGUGUGCGAACUCAAAAGGGGUGCUAAGGGCUGAUAAGGGCUGAUUUAUGAUGCAACGGUUUACAUGCAGUCUAAGGGUAGAGAUUUUGAAGUAAGACCCCUUUUGAGCUCCAACAUCUUAUAUAUUCAAAGUUCGAAAGUAUUCACUGUUUACGCCAUCUUGAAAGGUAGCCGUGCCUUWAAAACAAAAUGAGACGGCCAGGGCAGAGAAAGCUUCGUUCACACCUAUAGACAAGUAUUACAGACAGUAGCAUUAUAAUGUCACUAGUUGUUUUUGCGCAAAUGCAAAGGUACGACUUGCUUUCAAAGAUGGCAUAGGGAACAGCGCAGAAGACUUCUGGCGUUGUUGAAUGAAGAAUGCACAAUGCUAGGAAUGAAUGUGUGUUUUCACUUCAAGGUGCUAAAUAAACCGUGCGGUAUGAAAGUACAUGCAACGUAAAGAACUUUGAUAACCUAAAUCAACAAAGGAGUACGUACAAGUCAUGUAAGACUUCAAUCGUUUGCAAUAAAAACAUGGCAAAUUURUAUAUUUUGCUGCAACAGGGCUARCAUACAUUGAUGAUUUAUGUGUGCAUAAACAUGUCAAAAAAUGGAGGCAAGAUUCUUUUAACGGACAGCAGACAUAAAUAAAAUGACACCUUCAAAAGUAUAAAGUAUCCAUUUGAAGUUAUUAUUUGAAGUUAUUAHUUGAGUUUAUUGCUGUUUUCUACUGAAUGUCAUGUUAAAGGGACACUGUCAAUGGAUGACAUGCGCAGUAACAGUCUCACCUCUA